AAAUAUUGGUAGGUAGUUGACUGCUGACGCCCGCUUCAACUUUAAACUUCCCGCCUCAACCGUUCCCCUUUGUGUCUCUCUUGAUCCUUUCGUCUGUCAGUCGUGGGAAUUCUUGUUAGAUCCUUCAAAGUUCAUCCCCUUUCCAUUUAUCAAUAUAUUCCCGUCCUUGUUGUACAUUCCAUGAUCACGGUAAGAGUGGGUUUUCUUUCAUACUUCUCUGAUAGACAAUAUGGCCCCGUAUAUUGAUCUUGCCGAAUAUCUGUUCCGUCGACUGCAUCAGAUUGGAGUCCGGUCUGUCCAUGGUGUUCCCGGCGACUACAAUCUCACCGCUCUCGACUAUGUCGAGCCCGCUGGCCUUUAUUGGGUCGGCAAUGCCAACGAGCUCAAUGCUGGCUAUGCUGCCGAUGGCUACGCCCGCGUGCGAGGACUCGGUGCUAUAGUGACUACCGGCGGCGUCGGUGAACUGUCUGCCAUCAACGCUAUUGCUGGUUCCUACGCCGAGAGGGCCGCUGUCGUUCAUAUUGUCGGUACCCCGCCUAGGAAGGCUCAGAAUGAGGGCCUCAUCUUCCACCACACUCUGGGCGAUGGCAAUUUCCGCCUCUUUGCGGAAAUGGCUGCCAAAGUCACCGUUGCACAGGCAAAUCUCAUCAACGAAGAAACCGCCACCGCCGAAAUUGAUCGGACAUUGCAAGCCGCCGUUCUCAACAGCCGUCCUGUCUAUAUCGAGUUCCCCAUCGACAUGGUCAAGGCCAGAGUGCCCGCCGCAGCGUUGGACACCCCUCUCGACCUGACCGUCCACUUUACCGAUGAAGGAUUCGAAGACACCGAGGUCGACUUGAUCCUCGAAAAGAUGUACACCGCCAAACAGCCCUUCAUCAUUGUGGACGGCUUCACCAGCAGAUAUGGCAUCAGCCAAGAGGCCGAUGAAUUGGUCAGGGUAACCGGGUUUCCCACCUCGACCACCCCGUUUGGAAAGGGCAUCAUCAAUGAAUCAUACCCCAACUUCCAUGGCAUAUAUGCAGGAGCAGCGGGAAAGCCCAUCUACAAUCCCUGGGCCUAUGGCACCGAUCUGGUUCUCCGCAUUGGUCCCUUGAAUAGCGAUGUCAACACCUACGGCUUCAGUGUCAUUCCCGACAAACACAAGGCAAUCACCUUUGACCGAGACUCAGUUGAGAUUACGGGCACCAAAUAUACAAAUGUCCAUGUCAAAGCCCUCCUGCGGAAAAUUUUGGACAAGUUGGACAAGAAGAGAUUGGUUAGCAAAGAGCCGUAUCCAGACCUGGGUGUCCCCGCCCAAGAGUUGAAGGCUCUCCCACCUACCGUUCCCGAAGCUAUUAUCGACCAGGAAACUUUCUGGCAACGCAUCUCGACCUUUUUCCGGCCGGGCGAUGUCAUCUUGACCGAAACAGGCACGCCUUCCAUGGGAGGCCGAGAGUUUGUCCUUCCGCCACAUACCAGUUUAAUCAACUCAUCCAUCUGGUUGUCCAUUGGUUAUAUGCUUGGUGCAGCACAGGGAGCGGCACUGGCAUUGAGAGAGGCCAUCGCCGAGGGGAAGCAAUCUGAAGGUCGUGCAAUCCUGUUUGAAGGAGAUGGCAGCCUGCAGAUGACGGCACAGGUCAUUAGCGACAUAAUCAAAAAUCGAUUGGACAUAACCAUCUUUGUCAUCAAUAAUGACGGAUACACGAUUGAAAGAUGGAUCCAUGGUAUGAAAGCACAUUACAACGACAUCCAGCCAUGGAGAUAUCUCGAGGCUCCAAGCUAUUUCGGGGCACCCACGAAUGAUCCAGAGUAUCCUGUCCUUGCCAAACGAGCGGCAAAUUGGGGUGAGCUGUGGGAGAUUCUUGCGGAUCCACAAUUGCAAAAAGGAAAAGGUCUUAAUAUGGUCGAAGUCCUCAUGACCAAAGAGGACUGCCCAGACACGCUCAAAAAAUUGGUGCAAUCUGUGAAUCGACGGAACAGCGGUGAGCAGGAGAGACCGCAUAAGCAGCCACGAUUGGAGGAAGAAAUAGUCAAGGCUGCUGGUUGAAUGAAUUGAAUGACAUUCGACCACAUGACCAGCUGAGAUGAUGCAAAUGGUAUCGGGUAAUGAUCAAAGGGGCGAGCUCUCGAACGGCGCAGGGAUGUUUUUGGAUCAACAAGCGUGGAUUGGCAUGAGCGGGGGUUCAAUAAAGGCCAGCUGAAUAUUGACAUGACGUUUGUAGCUUCAACAGAAGUACAUAUUGAAUCAUAUCAGUACAUGGGAAAAGCAUGGCUCAUUCUCUGCGGCGUGGGUCAGCAAAAAUUCAUCCUCAGAUUUCCAGAAUGACCCACACUCAACGCCAGGGCCUGGGAAAGUUCCACCAGGAGCCUCACGCUUGGUCCACCUGUCAAUCGAUGCUGCAGGUGUCUUGGUGUUGGUGGAGCCUGAGGUCGGUGAGGCAAAUGGCAAACAGUGCCACGAUGUCUCCGGAGUAGUUGUAGCAUGUACGGAGUACGGAUGUAUGUAAUAAGAGGCGUCGAUCUGGCACGCUGUUGUCAAUCAAAAUGCAUAAAACGCA